UAGUGGUAUAAAAAUUGUUCCGCAAAUGCACUCAUUUACUAACCGUACCUUUUGCUGUUGUGGAUAAUACUGAACUAAAUUAUUUCGUUUAGCUGGCUAGCUAGCUAUCCGCUAGGUGAGUAGACAGCUCAGACAUAGCUCAAUGGCUGGUUUGGGAGUCUACAAAUUGGACAACGGAGAAAGUUUGCAUUCGAACUGUUUUCCUGUAAGGUCAUUUUUUCCUCAAAGUCAAGAAGGUGCAGGACACUGGCUAGUAACUCACAGACGCAUUGUGGAAGAAAGGUACAGAGCACAAAAAAAUAAGAAAUCAGGACAACGCUUUCGCACAGGACCAUCUGUUCAGUCUAACUCUGAAAAGCAUGAGUUAAGGGGCUCAAAGAGUGCUGGUAACACAUUAAAUGGACAACUUUUGAUGGAGUUGCAUUGUGUGGACAAGCCAUCAGAUCUGUGCUCUGUUGACAUAAGUGAAAGGAAACUUCAGUUGAUUAAACUAGAGGGUUUGGAAGAAUUUGAAAGUGUUGCUUAUAUCAAUGCCUCUGACAAUUCGUUGACCCUUGAUCCUUUUUGCAGAUUUCCUUCACUGAGAGAACUGGAUUUGUCUUUGAAUGGUCUCUGCAUUUUAGAAGUUCAUGCAGAAGGUUUCCCUAGAUUAGAGGUCCUGGACCUAUCCUAUAACGGCCUGUCAAGUGAUGGUAUAUUAUGUGUUGGCCUGCUACCACGACUGAAGGUGCUUCAUCUAACCGGCAAUAAUCUGAAGAUGCUUCCACCUAACAUGGCUGGCCCCUAUGCUCCUCCUGAUGAAGUGGCUCCUCACUCCAGCUCACUCUUUGAAGCUCUUGAAGUGUUGAUGCUUGAUGAUAACAAAUUGACAUCCCCAGGGGUUUUUAGCAGCCUUGUUAAGCUAAAAAGACUUCAGCACUUAAACUUACAAGGAAACCACAUUUCUGAGGUUCCAUAUCUUCACAUGCCACCAAUACAAGUGCCAGCUACAUCAGUUCUAAUGACAGAGGGCACUAAAGAACAUGUCAUGAAGAUGGAUUGCUUCUCUGAUUUCCAAGAGGACCAAAAAAAGUUUAUAACUAGAACAAGCAAUGGGCUUGUGGAGUAUUCUGAAGAUUUCUAUCCACCAGUUCCACAACUGCAGUAUUUAAAUUUGGCCAGCAAUGAGAUAGCUGAGGAAGAGGCACUGUUGGCUGUGGCAUUGUUUCCAAUGCUUAGAGAGCUUGUUAUUCACUCAAACCCAUUGACUUUACAGAGGAGUGGCAACCCACCAAUGUUAACCUGGUUUCUUCAAGACAUGUUGGGUAUUAAUAUAAGAGGGAAAAAGACUGCUGAAAAGGUAAAAACAAAAAUUCCAAAGGUUCCUUUGAUCACAACAGCCCUGUGCAUUUCAGAAACCUCUUGCACAGAGAGAGGCAAUAAAAACAACAGUCCUUUGCCAUCAGAAUGCAAGUCGACUGAUGUAUUGCUCCCUGGCCCCUCACAAACCAGCACUGAGAGGAAGGAAGACCUUGCUACAGCCAGAGGGGCUGAGCAUUUGGAAGGAGAAAUCACAGAAAUCCCCAGGGAUACACACCAAACUGAAGAACCAUUCUUUGUAACAGAGGUUAAUAACCUUCUUGAACCCAAGUCUCAAGAAAAGGCAGAGAAAACAGAAGAAAUUACCCAAUUUUUGAAAAAAGAUACAGAGUGUACAGGGAAACUCAUAGGUUAUGAAGCUCUACUAGAUAAUCUGGAUAUGGACAUGCCCAGACAUGUUGGGAUCCAGCACACUGUGAAAGUUCUGGAGCAUACACUCAAGAACCUACUUGUAUACAGAGAUUCGAAAGCCAAUCUUGAUCAUCUUCAGAGACCAUAUAGAGAACAACAGAAAAGGAUAAGGGAUUUGCCACCAGUACCAUGCAAAGUGAAAGAAGAGAAAGUUAAAGAAAUCCUCACUGAAAUGAAGGAGAUGAGAACAAUACAUGAAGUCCCCUUAGACAAAAUUCUCAAAAGCAAAGAUGUAUACAGAAAAGAAUAUGAAGAGGCACUGAAGUUACUAAAAGAUAUGAAAAUGAAGUAUAAGACGAUCCACUUAAAAGCAGUGGAACAAGCAGCACAAAUUGAAAGUGAUUACUAUUAAAAUGAAAGAGAAAUUUCACAUCUCUAUCUAAAAGGUAUACACAAAUUUGUAAAACCACUUCUGUUUGCAUUAAUUGUAUAUACAUUUCUUUGGCCAUAAAUAAUUACCCUUUUGCAUGCCUGAAAUUCCAGUCAUUGUGGGCCGCAUAUUCUUAUUGUGGGUGACUAACUGUAUUAUGGGCUAAGUUUAGAUGAGCUUUUUAUUUUGCUGUUUACAAACAUGAAAUGUACAUUUUAAAUGUGGCUGCUUUUAUUUUUUAUUGUUAGUUCUGGCUAUCACAACUUUGUAUGAAGGAAGCAGAAUUGUUCAGAAUCUGGUUGUACUCUGUUGAGCAUAUAUUCAAUUAAUAUGGGGUUUAUAUCUAAUAAAUUUGAAAUAUGAACAGAAUAAUUUUAAUGGAAUUAGUGUUAAUGGAAUAUGGUUAAAGUCAGACAAAUAAAUUAGCAUGACAUCUGUACUGACUGAAAAUGAGCAUUACACAUUGUUCAUAAUGAUGUUGCAUUUUUAUUUUCUAUUAAAUCUAUUAAAUUU